AUGCAUUUUCCUCACUUUGGCCGCCACAACAAGGACAGCAAGAGUUCCAAAGACGAGAAGACUGAUUCCAAGGAGUCUUCUCGUGAAGGGUCACCCGCAGUUGACAGUCCUAAAGACAAAGAACUCAAGCCCCAUUCAAGCCCCAACUCUCGUCCCAACUCUCGUCCUAACUCUCGUCCUAACUCUCGUCCUUCAAGCCCAUAUCCAAAGGGAUUCAUGAAUGAUGCAAUGCGCAAUACCCAUCACCCUGAUGUCCUCUACCAAUUCGAUGAUCCCAUGGCUAGACGUCUUGGUCCAGUCCCCUCCACCGAUCCCACAAACACUGGUGCUUAAAAACAAAACAGAAACAACUUUCCCCCAAGACAAACUUCAUGUCAAAUUUCUUUAAUGGCUAUUUCCUCUUCUAUCAUUAUCUCACGUACUUAUAAUUCUCAAUAAACUAAAUCAUUUAAUAAGA